GCGGGAGAGGCCAAGAGCGCCAUCGUUUGCCUUCGGCGCUGGGGCCGAGAGCCAAUCAGAAGGCAGCUUUCGGGGCGACGUUCGUGGUGGCGAGCAGUCAAUCUCGGAUUUGACUCUGAAAAUGAACCGCGCUCUUGCCAACCCCGCGAACCUCCAGGUCGAGCUCCGCCACGUGGGCCGCAUCGUCGCGCCGCUUGCCACGUGGGCCGCCCCCCUCGGCGCCAUCGUCGCCUGGUGCGCGUGGCCCGGCCUCACGCCGGAGUUCAAGGAAGAGUCCCUCGGCAUCAAGCAGGCGCCGGCGCACGGCUCGAUCGCGGCCGCUGCCAACCUCCGCCCGAGCUCCAAGUACAAGUACAUCAAGAACGAGAUUGGCGAACGCCCGUCGUUGGACGACGAAUAGACUUGUGUGGUGCCCUAGAUUUAAUUCGACCCAAAGACCACAUCUGGGUUGCUGUCUGUACACGUCUACGCGCCCUCAUACCCUGACGAUGCUGGCGAUGCGAACAUGCAGCAGUGACUCUGGGGCGUAAACGACGUUCACUGCACGGCGGCGAAUACGACCUUGAACACCGUGAUACGCUCCAAGUAUUCCUCCACGAGCUGGCCGAUGACACACCAUAUG